AGUUCCCUGCGCAGACUCCGAUUUGUUCUCUCCUCAACUCCCCUCUCUUUCGUCGUUACUGUUGUGCCUUUGUUAGGGGUCGAAAGAAGCGGAAGGAGGAGCUCCAGGGAGAGAUCGAUGACGCUGCAUGUGGGGAUGGGACUCUGCAGGGUCCUGCUCUGGGCCGGAGCAGGGUAUACUGGCUCGGUCUUGCUGCGUAACGGCAUGCUGUCUGAUAUCCUAUCCGAUCUUCAGCAAAUGGUCAAGGGGUUGGAGCAAUCUGCAGAGAAAGCAGGUGUUGAUCGGGAGCACGGUGACGCACUUGCUUCGCAGGUGCGUCAGUUAGGCAUGGAGGUCCGACAACUUGCUUCAGUGCGCCCAAUAACUGUCCUGAAUGGAAAUUCUGGUUCAGCAGGAAACAUGUCAUCUCUUGUAAUUCCAGCUGCAACCCUUGGCGCAUUAGGAUAUGGUUACAUGUGGUGGAAAGGCAUCUCCUUUUCUGAUCUUAUGUAUGUUACAAAAAGUAACAUGGCUAAUGCAGUUGCAAGCAUGACAAAACAUCUGGAGAAUGUUUCUUCUGCUCUUGCUCAAGCUAAGAGGCACCUAACACAACGAAUUGAGAACUUGGAUGGAAAAUUGGAUGAACAAAAAGAGAUCUCUGGAGAAAUAAAGAAGGAGGUAAUUGAUGCUCGUGGAAAACUUGAUGAUAUUGGCUUAGAAUUGACUGCUCUCCAACAACUGGUUUGGGGCUUGGAUGGGAAGAUGAGUGCAAUUGAGGACAAGCAGAAUUUUGCAUGUGCUGGUGUGAUGUACCUCUGCCAGUUUGUUGGGGGCAAGGGCGGCAAAAUGCCUGAUUAUCUGUUGGAUGGUCCCAAGAAUGCUGCAAAACAUGGUUUUCUGGGAUCUGGGGAGGCUAGAAGUUUGAAGGGUUUGCAGCACAUAGCAGAGGCUAUAGAAUCUGGAAAUUUUGACAACCGUAGAACCGAGGCAAUCUUGCAGAAUGAUGUUGACACAUUGGACAAUUUGAAGAGCUUGUCCAGAACUACUACUCUCAAGUGCUGAGGUGAUGUUCAUGGAGAAAUACUUGAUGGCAUUGUAUUCAUUCAUUUCUUAUGAUUUUAGGAGAAAGGAUUGAGAAAUUACCUUUGGAGAACACCUCUUUUUGUACACUUUCCAUGGCUCGUGGAGGAAUGGGAAGUAUGUCAUCUAUUUCUCAGAAAUGUAAUUCUGUAUAUUUAUAUUCUCGGUUGUUAUUGCAAGAAGUUGCCUUAGUUAACAUUUGAAAUUUUCAAAUGACCUAAGCACAGCUGCUUUGCCUCUUGAAUAAAAAAAAGCAAACUAGCCGUGGAAUGUUUUCUUUA